AUGGAUAUUAAGUUUACCGGUAAAAGAGCAAUGAUUGAAAAAAAAAGUCAAGCUUUGGAAAAUGUAGGUCCAAUUGACUUGUUGGUAAAUAAUGCCGUUCUUGGUUGGCUCAAACCAAUCACUGAAAUAAUUGAAGACGAUCUAGACAGAAUUUUAGGAAUAAAUACGAAAGCACUAAUCCACGUAACUCAAAUCGUCGUCAAAAAUUUAAUCUCCAGGAAAGAAACAGGUUCGAUUGUAAAUAUAUCGUCUCAAGCUGGACUGGUCAAACUUAUGGAACAUACCGUGUAUUGCGCCUCUAAAGGAGCAGUUGAUGCAUUUACUACACCUGCAGCUUUGGAACUAGGUUCUCAUGGAAUUAGAGUUAAUAGUGUCAAUUCAAGUCAUAAUAACGACUGA